AUUUUUUUUUUCUCUUUCUUUCAAAUAAAUGAUAAUACGCUUCUUAAAGAAACAAAAAAUAUUAAUAUGCUCAACUCUAUCGCUCUUUAUUAUAAUUACUUUUUUUUUACUUUAUCCAUUGAAGCCUAUUAGAAUAGUAAAUAAUAAACAGUUGCAGCAAACUACUAAAGAAAAAGCAUGUUUUGUAAUCCUCAUUCGUAAUGAAGAAUUAGAUGGCAUUGUCAGUACGAUGAGUCAAAUUGAAAAUACAUUCAACUCAAAAUAUCAUUAUCCUUAUAUCUUUCUCAAUGAUCAAGAUUUUACGCCUAUCUUUAUUAGAACUGUAUCUUCUAUUACAAACGCGCGUGUUUUAUUUGGAAAAUUGAAUGAAACGAUGUGGGGUUAUCCAGAAUUUAUUAAUCAAACUUAUGCAGCUGAAUGUAGACAAAAGAUGGCCGAGCAAAAUAUACCUUAUGCAACAAGUGAAUCCUAUAGGCAUAUGUGUAGAUUUCAAAGUGGAUAUUUCUUUAGACAUCCUUUGUUAGACGAAUUUGACUAUUAUUGGAGAUUAGAGCCCUACGUUGAUUAUUACUGUCAAAUUGAUUAUGACGUAUUUGAAUACAUGAGAAAAUCGAAAAAGAGAUAUGGGUUCAAUAUAGCUUAUAAAGAACAUAUCGAAACGGUGCCUAGUUUGUGGGAUACAGUGAUGAAUUUUACGAAAGAAUAUCCUCAAUUAUUACCUAAUAGAAAUGAGACUCUCUUCCAAUUCGUUACCAGUGAUAAUGGUGUAACUUAUAAUACAUGUCAUUUUUGGUCAAACUUUGAAAUUGGAGAUCUUUCACUAUGGCGAUCUGAAGCUUAUUUAAAGUUAUUUGAUUAUCUCGAUAAAUCAGGAGGAUUUUAUUAUGAAAGAUGGGGUGAUGCUCCUGUUCAUUCAAUUGCUGCCUCUUUAUUAUUACAUAAAGAUGAAUUUCAUUUCUUUAAUGAUAUAGGCUAUAGACAUUCAGCGUAUACACAUUGUCCUAUAGAAGAAGAAUUCCGAACGAAAUGUUCUUGUGAUCCAAGUAAAAACUUUGAUUUCAUUCCAAACUUGAGCUGUUUACCUAUAUAUAAGUCUGCUCUAAUGUGAUUAAAUCUGAAUAGCUAAUUAGUACAUAAAAAAUGGCUGAGAAAUAAUAAUAAUAAAAAUAAUAAUAAUAAUAAUAAU